AGCAAUCGAAAACGCGAAUAUUGACAAUUUGACACAACUUUAUCGUGUUUAUCGAAGCGCGCCUUUUUAUUUUUUCAUUUUUUUUUAGCAAAGCCAAGGGAAAGCAACAGCACACUCUAGAAGCUUUUCACACUUUCCUCACUUCACUCUCUCUCUCUCUCUACAACAACAAAAAGCAAGGAGAAGCUGCAGAAGCGGGAAAAUGGCGGAAGGAAAAGGAUCAAGCUUAGUGCAUCUACUUGUUAUCAUCUUAUGUUUAGUUGCUUUUGGUUUCUCCAUUGCUGCUGAACGACGUCGUAGCACUGGAACCAUUCAUACAGAUGAAAAAACCAAUGCUACUUAUUGUGUUUACGAUUCAGAUGUUGCAACUGGAUACGGUAUUGGAGGCUUUUUAUUUCUACUCUCAGGUGAAUCAUUGCUUAUGACGGUGACCAAAUGCAUGUGUUUUGGAAGGCCUUUAGCACCUGGCGGAAAUCGAGCUUGGACCAUUAUCUAUUUCACAGCAUCAUGGAUGACUUUUCUGGUAGCUGAAGCUUGUCUGAUAGCUGGAGCAAAGAAGAAUGCUUACCAUACACAAUACAAGGGUAUGACCGGAAGCUUCUCAUGUGACACAUUGAGGAAAGGUGUUUUCAUUGCAGGGGCCGUGUUUGUUGUGGCAACCAUGGUUCUGAAUGUGUAUUACUAUAUGUACUUUACCAAGGCUACGACCCAGCCUGCUCACAAAACCAACCGCUCUAACUCAACGGUUGGUAUGACUGGUUAUGCAUAGACCUUGUUUCUCCACUAUAAGAUAUGAUCAAGGUGUGGAAAGGGCCAGCACAAGAAGACAUACAUUAAACGUGUCAUGUUAGUUAUCAGGAAUGAAGAAUCCUUAAGUGUGGGUCAUGUGUAUAAUAUGCUUGGGCCACCGUUGUUUCUAGUAAAAUGCUACCAACAACCAGGUUCCACAAUUUUCAAACAAUUAUUCAAAACUUAAGGGUAAGUCUGGUUUGUAGUCGGGUUCUAUUAUUGGUAUGUCUUCAAUAAAUUAGAGAGUAUGAAAAUGGGAAUCAAAAUUCAAACCCUGGGAUUGAUUGAAUCUUAACAAGCGGAAUAUUAGUAAUCA